AUGUAUGGGCCGAAUCCAGAGGAGAUGCUACUUCAUUAUCAACAUAACAUUGCUGCACAAAUGCAACAACAACAAACAAUGAAUCAAGCAGCUGGUAUGCCACAACCGCAUGAUAUGCGACCCGUCUCCCAACAAGGCUUUCAUGAUAUACAACACUUUCCCGUACAAUACCCUCACGGCAUGCCGCAAUAUGCUGUACCUCCACCUCAUAUACAUCACAUGCGUCAUCACUCGGAACAGUUCGAGGGUUCUCCUGCUCCAGAAGAUUCAAAUACGGAAAAUGGAGGAGCGAAAAGACGAAAAGGCACUGCUUCAAGUGUUGCCAACGAUCAAGAACUCCGAAGACUUCUAGCUCAACAUCAAGGGAAAUCCUUGAAAGAAGUAGCGGCUGACGUCCAGAAAAACGAAGGUUCCGGCGGCAAGUCUGAAAAGGCCAAACAAGUCUUUGCAAUGCUAUGGCUCCAAGAGAACUGCGAGAGAUCCACAAAUUCCGUCCGCCGUGAUCGUGUCUUCACUCGCUACACAGAGCGUUGUGGUAAUGAACGGGUCCCGACUCUCAACCCUGCCUCCUUUGGAAAGCUUGUUCGAAUCAUCUUUCCGAAUGUUCAGACCAGAAGGCUUGGUGUUCGAGGCGAAUCCAAGUACCACUACGUCGAUUUAUCUCUCAUCCAAGAUGAUGAGGAUCGCCAAUAUGUUCCUGCUCCGUACGAGAGACCUGGAACCGCCAACGGAAGUCAACACGACAGAACCGAAUCUACCACUGAGGCACCCAAAGUCUUCCGUGCCCACGUGUCGCCACCAAUUGAGCGACCAAUGUCGCGAGCCACAAUGGAGACAGCCGAUUUCCCAGCUCCUAGUUCUGCAUUCUUACCCAAGGAGAUUGAGACCGAUCAGCCUCUGGAACCAGAGGCGAUAAAUAUUACAACAGAGAAACUCGAUUGCAAGCAUGUCAAUACUCCCACAAUCAGAUUCCCGGUCAAGACAAUGCAUGCAAACAUUGUCGCUGCACUCCCAUCCCUCCGACCCAAUCUCCCCGCCUCUUUGGCAACUUAUCUAGCAAUGCCUACUACCAAUUCCCUUUCGCAGCUAUCAACUUCAUCUCAGGAUAGCCUAAUCGAACUGCCAGAUAUUCAUAUCUAUCUCAGUCAAACAAGCUAUGACCAUACUAUAGCGGAGGCAUUAUUUCAUCUGUAUCGUUCCUACUGUAUCGAUGUGAUCGAUGCAUUCAGGAAAUGUAAGGAAAAACCAUUCUUCAACCAUCACUCGGCAUUCAACGGCAAAAUGACGGUGCCUGUCUCCAAAUUGUUCUCCAUGGAGUGCCUUGCACCGUGGAUUCAAGAAUGUGACAUGCGAAUGUACAAACAAAUUGUGCGAUUUAUUGCCCCGUUGGCUGUUCAGAAUGUCCCAGAAGUGGUUUGGAAUGUAUUUGAACGGAUCGGCACGAAGCUGGUCACCCAUCUGAUAUCAGCCUUUGAAGAAAAGUGCCCUGUUCAUGUGGUCGUUGCCAAGGCGGUUCCUGCGGCCAGAUUUGCACACUUGUUGAAAAAGCUCAAGGGUGCCAAUGCUGCUACGUUACAGCUGAGCCGCAUGUUAGAAGAUGCACAGCAGAGAACUCAAAUGUGGCUAGAUUUGAUGGCCAUGGUCGAUCCGGAUCGAUUGGUGGAAGAAAGUAUGCCUCCACCUGAGAGUCUAAAGAGAAUGCAAGCCAUGUUGAAGGACGAUAUGCGACCCUUGAUCGCACCCCUUGAUGGCGAACUGGUACGUGCCGCUGAGGAGGACCCAACGAGUGCAUAUGCCAACUUUAUCAAUGAGCAAUCUGAUUAUGGAGCGGGGAUUCUACCACCCGAAAAUGAUGAAGAUCCCAUUCCAAUGCUGGAGGGAUGGAUCAAAUGGUUAGAGCAGCUACCGCAGAUCUUCACAGCCCAUCAUCCUCAGUGCAUGGUCGAUUGGCACACACGAUUAUGGAGGAGUGUCAUGAUGCAGAUGGGACAAGCUGGUGCACACAGCUAUCAAUCUUGGUGGUUUGUGGAGUCAUUUACCACGCAGAUGCUGAACUGGAUGGCUGAGAUGGAAGGAUUGCUUAUGGAUGAAAGAUGUCAGAACGCUGCGGAUGACAAAGAACGAGGUAAAGCCAAGGAAGUGACCACCCGAGCUGAACCACCUCAUGGCACGAAACGAAAGAGACCCCAGAAGGAUGAUGCAGAACAGGUGAUUGAGACUGCAGAGCUCGAUUUUCCACCCGCGAAGAGAUUUCGCACAAUUGCGAAAAGCUCACCUGUCCUGCCGAACAAUCGACCCGAACAACCAUUGACGAAUGAGGUAGACGGCGAUGAGACUGAUGCAGAACUAGAUGAAUUAAGUCGCGGUGGCCCUUUAGACUUGCCGAGCUUUCAUACUGGCCUGAGCAGUCCCGUCAAACGACAGCCUGGUGGAAAUCCCAAUGAUGAUAGUGGAAUCGAUCUCGGGCUCGAUAUAGACAUUGAGGCUGAGAAAGAGGCCAAGAAAUUCAACAAGAGAGACUGGCUUCUCAGCAGCGAUCCAGUUGAUGCGCCAAUCGGACUGGGGGUCACUGUAUGA